AUGCCUUUGGAAACUGGUGGGCCGGGGGAUGGGUCUGCCGGCGCCGGCGUGCGCUUCUACCGCGGCCCUCUGCCGCUGCGGGCGCCGCACGGGUUGGAUGCGUGGUUGGCGUGGAAGCGGAAAUGGGAGCGGGCAAAGGUUUUCCGCGCGCUGUGGGUUGUCAAUGGCUGGCAGUUUGGCCGAUCCUACCCCGUGAUCGAGCCCGAGGACACCUUCCCCGUGCCCGCGGGCGUGCUGGACUUAGGACGGCGACAACGCGGUCGGCUUGGCGGUCUGGGCGCGAGGGUGGAUGUCGAGUUCGUGGGGUGGUACGCGGUCGCGUCGUCGUUCGAUGUCGGCUUUGAUGGGGGCUAUUUGUGGCCGGUUUGGAAUGCCACUACGCGAGAGCAUGUGUGA